UAUGGUCCAAUAGUCCAGUUUUCAUGUGUUCACCAGUUUGACAAUCACUGUGUUCAGGCUUACUCUGUGGAACGCCAACUGGCUGACCCUGUUUGGUGUGUGUGUGUGUAUGUGUGUGUGUCCAGACUGAAGUGUUCACAGAAGCCCACUCGUACAUGAUAACAGAUGCGAUGCCUGGGGUGGAGUACGUCAUCCAGCUGGCCACUAAAGAUGAGUUUGAUGGCAUCUGGAGCGACUGGAGCUCUGCUGUGCCUGGACUCACCUGGACAGCGCCUGUACCCACUGCUGUGAGUGGUGUUGCUACAACUAAGUGUGAUUAUUUCGUCCUGUGCGGUGAAGGUUCUGGCACAGCAGAUGAAGAGCUUCUCAGAGACCCUGAACCUUCCGGUGUGACACAGGAGGUGCGGCCUCACCUCCUGUGGGUGGUUGGGUGUUGUGCUUUACUGUCUGUCACUCUCCUCAUCGCCUACCUGUUGAGACACAAGGACAGGUUCGUCUCCAAGUUGGUGAGCCUUAGCAACAACAAGCCCCGCCUCCCUGACUCCGCCCCCUCCACAUCAGCUCCAGCAGCCCAGGAAGUGCACGCUCUGCUGAACUCUGCCCCCCCACCUCACAAAGAGCCCCUCCCACAGGAAGUGGAAGUAAAGGAAGGAUCGGAGGAAGAGGAGGAAGCGGAGGAAGAGCAGGAGCAGGUGGUGGAGGAGAGUGGGAAGGAGGCCUUUGACUUCAACAAUACCAGCUACUUCCUGGUCCAGACAGACCAAUCCUGAGCCUUCCUGGAUCUCAGGCAGCCUCUGCUGUCAACAAUCACAAGCUACGAGUUAGCUCCCUACCAGGUCCAUUCAAGAGUCUGUAUUUCCCCUUAAAGGGUAAAGUCAGGAAAUUAAUGGGAAAGAAAUGCUUUUCAUUGUUCUUUGCACAAUUAAUAGGAAAGACUGAGAGAAGAUGUUUCUAAGAGUAUUGUCUUAUAAUUUUUAUUUUGAAUUUUGAGUGGAGUUGUAGGCCCUAUGUUUCAACCUGAUGUUUGUUCACUAUAUUGACCAUAUAUUGAACCUCUCUUUCUCU